CUCUAUCACAUGGUCAGUGUUUCCGCUUGAACAGGAAGUGCUUCUCCGUCGUUUCGCCGAACUGCGUAACGUGUCUGUCGCGUUGCUAAUUCUCAAAACUUUAUAAAUGUGAGCGUCGCCCUGUCUUGAGUUCCUGUCUGUGUUGGCUGGUCGAACAGAGAGCGAUGGCCGGUCCAGAGCUCCUGCUGGACUCCAGCAUUCGGAUGUGGGUGGUCCUGCCCAUCGUCUUUAUCACCUUCUUCGUCGGGAUCAUCCGUCACUACGUCACCCAGCUGCUCCACAGCGACAAAAAGGUCGACCUGGAGCAGGUUUCUGACAGCCAGGUGCUCCUGCGCAGCCGGAUCCUCAGAGAGAAUGGGAAGUACAUUCCCCGACAGUCUUUCGCCAUGAGGAAACAUUACUUCAACAACGCAGAGACAGGCUUCUUCAAGAAGGUCAAGAGGAAGGUCGUCCCCAAGAACCCCAUGACAGACACCAGCAUGUUGACAGACAUGAUGAAGGGAAACCUGACCAACGUCCUGCCCAUGAUUGUGAUUGGCGGUUGGAUCAACUGGGCUUUCUCCGGAUUCGUCAUAACCAAGGUGCCGUUCCCUCUGACUCUGAGGUUCAAGCCGAUGUUGCAGAGAGGGAUAGACCUGCUGUCGCUGGACGCCUCCUGGGUGAGUUCGGCGUCCUGGUACUUCCUGAAUGUGUUCGGGCUGAGGAGCAUGUACAGCCUCAUCCUGGGACAGGACAACGCUGCUGAUCAGUCCCGGGUCAUGCAGGACCAGAUGACGGGUGCCGCUAUGGCGAUGCCGCCGGACCCCAACAAGGCUUUUAAGAGCGAGUGGGAGGCGCUGGAGAUCGUAGAACACAAGUGGGCGUUGGAGAACGUGGAGGAGGAGCUGAUGUCCAGAGACCUCAACUUUGGAACCUUCUUCAGCCAGGACAUCAAGUCCACCAUGUUCUAGAACAACGGGGGACCCGCGAGCUCUGGAACGUCCGUGAAAGGUUCCAGAACUCGGGUUCUGUGAUGAUCCUAAAGGUUCUGGAACACAGUAUUCACAAAGUCUAGUCUGAAUCGGGCAGUUUCUGCUUUUCCCGAGCCUCCGAAAUCAAAAGGUGUGCGUAGUGCCUUCAAAGAUAUAUUGUCCAUCAUGCUGUGGACUUCACAGAACUAAAGAUCAAACGGUGCAAUAAUUCAGAGUCUUGGUCACUUCUGAUUGUUAAUAAUAAUUUAUGAAACGGCAAGUUUGCGUUGAAAAUUUGACCACAAAUGUCUUCAAUAAGUCCACCUAGAAGCUUUUUCCAGAGCUUUCCAACUUAUCCACCUGGUCUUCAUUAACAAAUGAAGUUGUCAUUUAUGCCGUUUUUCCAUUACCAGCUCGACUCGCCUCGACUCGUUUUCCAUUGCAGAUAGUACCUCUCUCAAUGUAGCUGGUCGUCAUAGCGACGCCACACACAGCUGUCUCUUGAUUUAAGUUAAAACCUUCCUCAGAAUGUAAAGACAGAUAAGCGGUAUGAAAAGCUUCCAGCUGUGUUUUCCUCUGCCGUCGUUGCUGCAGCGAUCUGUGAGCGGGCGGCUGGAAGCAGGUACAGGUGCAACUUUUCAGCAAUGGAAAAAAAUCAAGAAAAGGCGAGUCAAGCUGGUACCGUGCGGUGGAAAAAGGGCUUAAGAGAGUUGGGUUUUUUAUUUAUAGUGAGCGUCGCUUGAGUUGACUUUUUUUGGUGGGACAAUUUUCAAACGCUUGCCGUUUUUGUGUAUUCAGUGUUCCAGAAGACAGAUUCUCAAAACUAGUUUUUAAAUAGUCUUCGCUUGAGGAGCAGACGAGUUCUGCGGUGGUUCCCGGGUGUUCCAGAGCACCGGGGAGGUUUUCUGUAAACCAGCAGAUUCUGAGCCAGGCCCCCGGCGUCCUCAACGAAUCCUCUCAGGAAGAUGUUUCAUUGCGGGCGCGAUGCGGAGAUCAGGAGGCAGCAGUUUAAAGACGCCCGGGACGUUUUGGGAAGACGGAUCAGUCAAAAAGAGCUUUUUAAAACGACUGCAGGCGUUCUUGUCUUGGUCCUGCAGGACGGACACUCUGCAUGUACUUUUCUACACUGUGGUUAUCCAGAUCGGCUUGAAGUGAGUGCAACUGUUUAAUAAAAGGUGCCAUCACAACUAA